AUGCUCGCGCGCUGCUCCCCUCUGACUUGCAUCACCACGACUGCGACCACCACCACGUCCAGACUUGCAAUUCGACCUGUGUCCGCGCGCUGGCUAACGACACGCGCUCCUAGAAGAAAAGAGUUUGCAUCCGCCGUACCCGGAACGGGCGCAAUUCUGGAUCCGAUAACCUCCUCCUCCUCCGCAGCUCCGCGUCUCGCUUCGUUGUCUAGCCAGCUUUCUGCUUCGUCGCCGUCGUUUCUUCGUUCUGCUCGAUCACAGUAUUCUACAAUGGCGCCAGUCGAGACCAAGACGUACGACUAUAUUGUCAUUGGGGGUGGUAGCGGUGGCAGUGGGAGUGCUCGCCGGGCUGCCGGGUGGUAUGGCGCGAAGACGCUGAUUGUCGAAAGCCAACGCUCGGGCGGGACAUGCGUGAAUGUUGGAUGCGUGCCCAAAAAAAUGACAUGGAACUUUGCCUCGAUCAACGAAAAUAUCCACGCGGGGCGACACUACGGCUACGCGAUCCCCGAGAACAUCGGCAUCGACUACGCCCACUUCAAGAAUAUCCGUGAUGCGACCAUCAAACGUCUGAACGGCGCCUACGAGAACAACUGGAACCGGGAGGGCAUUGAUCUGGUGCAUGGCCAUGCGCGCUUCGUCGAGCCCAAGACUAUUGAGGUCAGCACGGGUCCGGACGGUUCUGAAAAGACGCGGUACACGGCCAAGCACAUCCUGAUCGCCGUCGGUGGGCACCCGAUUAUCCCGAAGAACGUGCAGGGCGCCGAGCACGGUAUUACCAGCGAUGGGUUCUUUGAGAUUGAGGAACUCCCCAAGAAAUGGGCUGUGGUGGGCGCGGGCUAUAUCGCCGUUGAACUGGCUGGGGUGCUGGCUUCCGUUGGAGUCGAGACGCACAUGUUCAUCCGCGGCGACACUUUCUUGCGCAAGUUUGAUCCGAUGAUCCAGCAGACCAUGACCGAGCGCUACGAAGCCGUCGGCAUCAAGGUGCACAAGCAGCACAAGGGGUUCAAGGAAGUGCAGCUGCUCAAGGAUGGUAAAGGUGCCGACAAGCUGCUCAAACUGGUCGGCGUCGAUGGCGAAGAGCACGAGGUGAAUGAGGUUCUGUGGGCUAUUGGCCGGGCCCCCGAAGUUGAGAAUCUGAACCUGGAGGUCCCCGGCAUCAAGCAGACUCACACCGGACAUGUCAUUGUGGACGAUUUCCAAAACACCAGUGUCGAGGGUGUCUACGCGCUGGGAGACGUUACAGGCCAGGCAGAGCUGACGCCAGUCGCCAUUGCCGCCGGUCGGCAGCUUAGCAGUCGUCUCUUUGGCCCACCCGAGCUCAAAUCAGCCAAGCUGUCAUACGAAAACAUCCCCACUGUGGUCUUUUCGCACCCAGAAAUCGGCACGAUCGGCCUGACCGAGCCCCAGGCGCGCGAGCGCUACGGCGACGACAAGAUCAAGGUGUACAAGACGCGCUUCACAAACAUGUUCUACGACGUUUUCCCUGUGGAGGAAAAGAAGCAGAACCCGACGCAAAUGAAGAUUAUCUGUGCGGGCCCGGAAGAAAAAGUGGUUGGACUGCACAUUUUGGGACUGGGCGUUGGCGAGAUGCUGCAGGGCUUCGGCGUUGCUAUCAAGAUGGGCGCGACCAAGCAGGACUUUGAUAGCUGCGUGGCGAUUCACCCGACCAGCGCUGAGGAACUGGUGACGAUGCGGUUUAUCGCUGUUCCGGAUAUCUCGCGUGCAUAUCAGUGGGACUGCGCGUCAUUGUUGUCUAUACAUAUCAAAAUGUCCGACCUGAACGACGACAAGCACGAAAAGACGCCUGACGCCGACGUCGGCGUCAGCGUCGAAUGCGGCUCUGACCUGACCAACGUCCAGCUCGACCCGGCCAAGGAGAAGAAGCUGCUGGCCAAGCUCGAUUUGGCCUUUGUGCCUGUGAUUAUGUUUUCGUAUCUGUCGUGCUUCUUGGAUAGGAGCAACAUUGGAAACGUCAAAAUCGCCGGCAUGCCGCAAGAUAUUGGAGCUUCGACAGCUGAAUUCGCCGCCGCCGUGUCUAUUUUCUAUGCUACUUAUGUGACCUUUGAGACGCCAUUGGCCAUGCUAAUGAAAAAGAUCACGCCGCGCAACUUGCUCACGGCGCUGUGUAUCGUCUGGUCGCUGACGACUAUUUUCACGGGCUUCAUUCAAAACAUUGGCGGGUUGUAUGCAACGCGCCUGAUUCUCGGUGCCUGCGAGGCCGGGCUCUUUCCCUGUCUGAAUCUGUACCUCACAAUGGUGUAUCGCCGCGAGGAACAGGCGAAGAGGGUGUCGUAUCUUAUGAAUUGUGCUGCUAUCUCUGGAGCAGUCGGUGGUUUGUUGGCCUAUGGGUUGCUGCAGAUGGAUGGCGUGGCGGGCAAGGCUGGCUGGAGAUGGGUGUACAUCAUCGAAGGCUGCUUCAGCAUGCUCAUCGCCGUGUGGAUCUGGUUCGGACUGCCAAAUGACCCCAGCAAUGCAUACUUUCUCAACGAGGAAGAAAAGUGGAUGAUGCAAGUGCGCAACGAGCAGCGACGCCACUACAUGGGCGCUGAGAAGUUCACUUGGGACGAGUUCUGGAUCGAGAUCCGCGAUCCAAAGCUGUACUUUAGCGGCGCAAUCCAAUUCUGCCAGGAUAUCCUGCUCUACGGCUUCAGCACUUUUCUCCCCUCGAUUCUUAGCUCUAUGGGAUACGACACCUUACACAGCAAUGCCUUGACUGUGCCCGUCUACAUCUUCUCGGCGAUUGUCUUUACCAUUGUCGCCUUUUUCGCGGACCGCACCUCGCACUUUGCCGUCUUCCUAUUCUGCGCAAAUAUUUUCUCGAUUGUUGGGUACAUUCUGCUAAUCGCCGUGUCCAACAAUGCUGUCAAGUACUUUGCCACCUAUCUCUGCGCCGUUGCCGUGUAUUUGGGUCCGGGCCUGAAUCUCGCCUGGCUGAAUGUGAAUGUCGCGCCGCAUCACCGUCGUGCCGUUGCCGUGGGACUGCAGCAGACAAUUGGAAAUACUGCGGGUAUCGUGGCAGGCCAGAUCUACCGUAAAUCGCCGUAUGUACUCGGCAACUCGUUCUCGCUGGGUGCGAUAUGUGUUUCGCAGGUGAUUGUUGUCGGAAAGAUGCUGUAUCUGCGCAAGGAAAUGGCGGUGAAGAACAAGAUUGCGUCGUCGGGAGAGCAGGAUAAUAGGAGAGUGAAGACGGGUGAUGGCGAGGUUGACUUUAAGUAUUUGUAUUAG